CAGCGAUCAACCCAAUUCAGUUCAAGCCUGACCUAGGCCUGAUCUUUGAGCGAAUGCUUUCUUCACAUGUGGGCCAAUUACCUCCGUUAAAGACGAGACUCUUUUAAACAAACCCGAUGAGGACCCGCUCUACGACUAUCCAUCGUCCAUGGGCAUCUCCCAGAAAGACAACCAAAAAAGCGUCGCCAUUCCAAUACCAACCCCUUGAUCAUUCCAAGCGACAAAUAAGGCUAUUGGAGCUGUCUCCAGGAAAACCAGGCAGUCGAAUCUCCGCUAGGCUUAUUCACGUCUCCCUAGACGACAACCCCCGUUAUGAUGCAUUGAGCUACAUGUGGGGACCGCCACGACCAACUUAUACGAUUUCAAUUGAUGAAGGCAGCUCAUUUAUCGUGCGUCGCAAUUUAAGAAAGGCUCUAGAUGACCUUCGCCUACCAGAUGAGCCUCGCGUUAUUUGGACAGAUGCCAUCUGCAUCAACCAGCUGGAUAUCGCCGAGAAGGAAUUCCAGAUCCAGUUAAUGCGAGCGAUUUAUGCAGGUGCGCACACCGUUUGUGCUUGGAUCGACCACAACGUACAACCCAUCGGGGCUGUGUUUGAAGACCUUGAGAACCUUGGAAAAGGGGUUGCUAUUGGAGAUUUUGUCGACCCUUCAUAUUGGUACCCCGUUGCCGAUAUAUUUCGAGAUCCGUACUGGAGGCGACUCUGGGUACAACAGGAGUUGAUACUCGCCACCAAGAUUGACAUGUACUGUCGGCGCCAUGUCUUCAAUGGCCAACAACUCCUGGAAUUUCAACACCAAGUCAACGUUGUCAAAUAUCAAGUGGUAAACGUACAAGGUCCUGAACGCCAUCUUUCCGCGUACAUCACCAAUGAUCCAGUGGGCCAAACGGGCCCAUCACCCGACUUUCUUUCUGGUGACAUUCUCAGAGCCAAAGAGAACUUGAUCCUUGGGCGGGAGACGCAUAGCGAACAAACUGACGAGGGUACCGCCAUGAAGAUAACCAGGAGAGCACUGGGAUCAUCCCUGCUUCAACUUUUUAUUAAGACCGCGGGUCUAAAUUUCACGGAUCCAAGAGACCGAGUUUAUGGAGUUCUUGGACUUGCUGUAGACGUCGAUGAAAGCGUAUUCGGCGUUGAUUACAACUUGUCCGUUGUUGGCGUGUAUACAAAGGUGUUCCAACAGUUUGUGGACAAGUAUAAAAGCCUGAGCUUCUUAUGCUACAAGCGAGACGAGAAGUCACCCACGUCUAGAGACAAUUUUCCGACCUGGAUGCCACAUGAAAAUCUCCAGUGGGGGCCUCUGAAUGCUAGCCGCGCCUGCGGGAGGGUUGAGGCGAAUCAUGUUUCAAUCCAACCCGACACCUUCAUCUUGUCCGCUGAAGGAUUGCUAGUGGACAAGAUAUCAUUCGUCAGCGACAGAGAGGAUCUAACGGCGGUGCCUAUUGUGGAGUUCCUAGCGCGAGUCGAAAGGUUUUGCGAACGGCUUUGGGCCAAGACAACUGAGGGUCCAUUGUAUGAGAGGGACGAUGUAACCUCCCUCUUCUUUCCUCUGUUGGGAAAACAUCGAUACAAACAGAUGUGGAAGUCGGAAAUGCCAACCCAAGCCGAGAGAAUCAACUUAAUUCGCAGUCUCAACGCCGCAGCAGAUAUGGUGGAUGAAGAGGGGCUUACUCUCCGUAAAAUCAUAUGUGGAGGAUAUACUCCAGUUGAUGUGUUAUCGAGAGAAGAUAGGGAAGCAACUAUGUCGAUGUACACAACAGUAGGCAACAUGAAUUUGAUCGGUACAGAUGGAGGCCGACUAGGAUCUAUGGGACUGACAUGCCCAGUAAGGUCUGGGGAUCAGAUUUGGGUCUUAUUUGGAUGUCGCGUUCCUAUGGUUCUUCGUCCGGAAGCUGGAAAGCAGGGGUGUUUUACAGUUGUUGGGCAUAUUGUUCUCCCAGGGAUAAUGCGCGGAGAAGCACUUGAAGGGCUAUUAUCCUUCUCCGAUGCAACCACACUGCGAGGUACUAGAAUUGAGCUUAGGUAGCCAAGCAGUCAAGCUACCGGGAUAAAAC